CUGUGACUUCCCAGAGCUCAGUCUAAUUUUCCACUCGGACCUUAACGCACACCCCAAAACCAAAAACAAUAUAUAUUAUAGUCUCUCGUCUCCCUUGUUCCGGAAUAAGUUUCUCAAUCAUUCUUUCAAUCAUUGCUUUUAUGUGAAAAUCAAAACCGAAUCAUUCUUUUCGCUGUUUUUUUUUUGUUUUCCGUCAAUCUUGGAUUUAAAAGAAAAGUAAUACCCAUUGGCGGGUGAGUAUAAUGGCGGCCCUGAGGCGACAGCACGCAGGACGCGACUUCCUCCAGGAGAACAAGAACAAUGUCUCCCGCAUGGAGACCAAUGGAAGGUGCCUGGCGGCUGCCAACGCCCGUCGGGUGCCCCUCUGGCGUCCGGUCGUCCUCCACUAUCCGGAGAAGCUGCGCCCCCACAGCCAGACCAUUCAGCGGCGAACGCGCCACUAUCAUGCCGCUUCCUACGAGACGCCGGAUUUGAGGAGCGGCCUGGCCUAUCCGUAUGGCUUCAAGGACAACCAUCGCCGUCGGGUGCCGCCGCCCUGCGGCUGUGAGCUGCACAAGCGGGAUCAGCAGGACCAGGAACGGGCCCGGGCCCAGGGCGGCUGGAUAGACCCUAAACGGGAGCAGAAACAGAAGCUCCAGCACCAGAUGCGACGCAAGUGCUGCCACGAGUGCCACUGCAAGCAGGAGGUGGAUCGCCUGGCUGCCGGGGCGGAGGCCGAGGCCAAGCAGGAGAUAGCUCCGCCCGCCGAAGCCCCUCCGCCAGCGGAGGACACCAUGUCCAUGUGCUCUCGCGUCUCCCGGAUGAGUGGCAGGAGCAAGAAGUCAUCGGUGCAGGAGGAGAAGCAGGAUGCCCCACUCAGUGCCCGGAGCGGCGCCUCGGCCAAGACCCUCCGAUCGAAGCGAUCGCCGUCCCAGGAGAGCAUACGCUCCAAUGCCACCGUUAGGUCCAACAUGUCCGGGAUCUCCCGGCAGAGCACCACCUCGAAGAAGUCGGGCGUGAGCCAAGGAAGUCGCAAGUCGCAGCUGAUGGAGGUGAUGCCGCCACCGCAGUCGGUGGCCAGGGAGCACGAGGCGGAUAGGAAGGAGGAGAAGGAUAAAGACGGAUCAUCCAAGCAGGAGCCGACCACCCAAUACGACGGCUAUACCCCGUUGACGCCGAAGGAGAGACAGGCGGCGCUGCAGGAUGCCCAGUACAAGUAUGGUAAGCUGAUCGAGGAGUACAAUCAUCUGCCAGUUUCGGAGCCCACGCUGAGGGUCCGCACCCGGAAGAUAGCCAUUGAGCGGCAGUUGGACGAGUUGGACUACGCCAUCAACAUGUUCGAUCAGCCCCACUUGGAGAUGUACUACAAGCGAUGAUCGGUGAUCGGUGAUCGGUGAUCGAUAGUUAAUCGAUAGUCGAUACUCCUCACGUUAUUCGUUAUUCAAAAUGGUGUUUAAAUUCCAAAUUUAUUUGUUUUCUCUCCCCUUACUCCCUAACUCUCGACCGAAAAGGAUCUCAAGUAAAGACUAGAUACACUACCCAACCCUAGGAUAUAAUUUUAAAAAAUCUUCACGACUAUAUAAUAUUGGUUUGAAAGAAAACCUCCAAAACGCAGAACAAAUCAAGGAUAAGAUGGAUCUUAGGAUGUGUCCGAAGUAAGAAACGAAAUUCAAGGAACAGAAAAUCAUUAACGUGUUUACAAUAGAAGUGAUAAAAAGGGAAACAAAAAAGUAUGGAAGAAUGGAUAAACAAAUUGAACUCGAAAUUAUUAAAGCAGCAUUAAAAAAUACUAACAAAA